GAGAAGGGGAGGGAGGGGAGCUAGCUGUCGCUGGAACUGACACAGACCGUUGCUUUCCAUUCGAAGCAAGGAUUCCGAGGCACUCACACACACACACACAUAUAUAUAUAUAUAUAUACACCUCUGGAUUUAUUUUCCUGUGCUGGCGAGAACAGAACAAAGCGGCUGCUGCUGGCUGGCUGUGGGAAGAAGCGGAUCCCAUCACUUGGAGGUCAGCCCGGCAGCAUCCUGCGACCGAUCAAGGCCAUGCGGCUGUGAGAAUGUGCAAUCAAAUACUGCUCACCUGUCGGACCACCGUCUUUGAUUUCAGGACACACGGUCACCUACCCGCCGUUGACACGAACCAUGCCAGUUCUCCAUGCCGGACUUGAGCAGCACGUUAUGUGACUCUGCGGGAGCCUGGGCUGCGGCCAGCGGCGGCAUGGACACGGACACGGAUAGGGCCAUGGCGGCCGGCGUGGAAGAGCCGGCGAUGGACAACCUCCUCGGUCGCCAGGGCAACGGACGGCCGUCGCGCGGGCAACUGCCGCCUGACGGAGCUCCGCCCACUGGUCGCCAUGGAGACGUCGGGCCGUGGCCCGGGCAACCGCAUCCCGGAAGUUCACGAUCCCGUUGCCAUGGCGCCGAGUGUCCGAAGCCCGGACAGCCCCCGCCCGACAGAGCCCCGCCCAAUGGUUACCAUGGCGACACCGGGCCGUCGUCCUGGCAACCGCCACCCGGUGGGGCCCCAUCCCCUUGUUGCCAUGGCGACGGGCGGUCGCUGCCUCGCCCCCUGGUGGUCAGUGGGCCACAGCGCCCCCGUUGCCAAGGCGACGGGCGGCCUUCGCCGAGGCCUCGUCCGCCGGGCGCCGGAGCCAGGCCCUGUCGGAGUUUGGAGGACCUGCGAUGGUCAGCGGCCGGCGGACCCCCCCGCCCUGGGCCGCGGGGCCUGCCGGCGUCGAGCAGCGACCCGCGGUGCCAGCUUUUGGCGGGAGGCCUACGGGAAGGCCUCGGGCCCGCAGCGGGGACGACGGAGGAGCCGCUCCCCUUCGCCAUGCCGCGGCAGUGGGGGCCCCCUCUCCCGGCCUUAAGCGGCCACGCCAUCCGAGGCCUGAGGGAGAAGCUGAGGCUGCAGAGCAACCGGGCGGCCGAGGCCAACAAACCCUUGAGGCCGCAAGGCUGGCCGGCCGGAGGGAGCUGGCCGGCCGAGAUCAAGGAGAAGGCGGCCAGGAGGUUGAGGAUACGGCGGCAGAACAGCACUCCCAGCCUGGGGCGGGACGAGGAGGAGGAGGAGGAGGCGGCCGAGGUGGAGACGACGACAGCGGCGGCGUCGGCCCAAUGUGGCGGCAGAAGCCGCGUCCACAUCCACAUCCCGUCCUUCGAAGAGUUCAAGAAGAUGAGGAAGAAAAACCAUCCCGUGUCGGGACCUGAUGAGCGGGGCCCCGAGCCUACUGGACCCUCUCACCCCGGCCUGGCUCCCCCAGUCUGCACCGGCCCGGCUCCAGGCUCCCCCCUGCACACCGUGGCCGUUCCCCUCGACCUGGGCGGCUCGGAGCCCUCCACCAGCAGUAGCAGCAGCCGUCGCCAUCGUCGUCCGGAGACAACCGGCCCCAGGGACCCGCAUUGCCCCGAGAAGAACUGGUCGGCCGAGAGCCAGUCGACCUGCUGCCCCUCUCUCCUGCUGGAAGCGGCGGCCGACCUCUCCGCCUGCGGUGUCACCUUACAGCAGAUGAAGGACGGCUUGAUAGGAUCGGCCAUCGACCUCAUCAAGAAAAGCUGCACUGCAGAUUCUGCAGCCACAGAAGCGGCGCAUCAGCAGCGGCAGCUGGAUGACAUCACUGUCAAUGAGAGGAACAGUCGAUCAGGCCCGGUUUCCACGGCAACCCCGGACGGCAGCAUCCCGCAGCCUGUCGGAGGACCUCACCAGCAGGACUGUCACUCCCUCCCCAGCUGCCGGAGGUCCAGCUCCGACGCGGCGUACGGGACCACUGAGACCGCCAAGGCCCAGCGGGAAUGUCGCCUGCGUCCUCACUUCAGCGACCCCAUGCCAGCGGACGCAGCGAAGCGGAAGCAACUGGAGAUGAGGAUCGCCGCGGCGGCCUGGGGCCUCGGGCAGAAGCGACGCCAGGACAAAGAAAGUGGCGAAUGUCCGCUGUUGAACUCGGCCAGCAGGGUAGGGGAUGCCUCGCCCACCUCUGAACCCCGGGGCGCCCGCCUUCACCCUGGUUCCUCCCACCGGCCCAAGCACCGCUGGAGUAACCUGAGCACCGACAGUGGGGUGGUGGGACUGAACGACCGCAACGAGGAGAGGGAGGAGGAGGAAGAGGAGGAAGGGGGAGAGGACAGGGGGCGGAAGAGCCGGCCGGGCGAAGUGGAGAGGGCGGACAGCGGCAUUGGGCCGGGCACGGCCAAGAAGUGGCGGAGCCGGGUGGAGGAGACGGCGCGCUCCGUGCAGGCCUGGGUGACGCACCAGCCGUGCGUGGACUGCGGCGAGAGGGACACCACGGAGGCCGGGCCGGUGGCGGCGGCGGGCAGGCGGCGGGAGAGCCUGUGCGGCCGGUGCGCUAAGCGCAGGAGGGAGCGCAAGGAGGCCAUCCUGGAGUUCGUCAACACCGAGUCCAGCUACGGAGAAGACCUGCGCAUCAUCAGGGAGGAGUUCCAGCUGCCCAUGCAGGCGGCCGGGCUCCUCACUCCAGAGCAGCUGGCCGUGAUCUUCAGCAACAUCCACCAGCUCAUCGAGGUCAACGAGAAGUUCCUGGAGAGGCUGCAGGAUUCCACGGAGCAGGCAUUUGAUCAGAAUGAUGAGGACUUUUUGACCGUGUGCAUUGGUGAGAUGUUCCUGGAAUUCGUCAACAUGCUGCCAGCCUUUCAGACCUACUGCAUCCACCAGUCUUCCUCCAUCAACCUACUCAACUCUCUGGAGAAGGAAAAGGAGCUUCUCAGGAUCUUCCUGGACGUGUCGCAGAACGACAACACGGCGCUCCGCCGCAUGAACCUGCGCUCGUUCCUGAUGGCGCCGCUGCAGCGAGUCACCAAGUACCCGCUGCUGCUGAGCCGGAUCAGCAGCUCGACGCCCGAGUACCACCCGGACCACCGCGGCCUGCGGGAGGCCAAGAGCCGGGUGGAGUCGCACCUGGGGCACAUCAACAUGAAGAGCCGGCAGGAGGGCGCGCCCCCCUGGCCCCUGCGCUCGCUGCGCCGCGGCAGCCGGCGGCACCGGGAGGCGGCGGCCGCGGAGGUGGAGAUGAGGGAGGUGGCGGUGCGGGCGGUGGGCUGGCCGCGGGAGGAGACGCGCUUCGCCAUGGAGGGCACGCUGCAGUCGUCCCAGCCCAGCGACGGCCAGUGGGCCAAGAAAGGGAGCAGGUCCCUCAAGUUCCACCACCUCCACGCCCUCCUGGUGGUCAACAAGGCUCACCGGCCCGACCCGGAGCCCGCGGCUGGAGACACCGCAGCGGAGGAGGCGGCGGCGUUGGUGCGGGACGCCGCGCUGGUGCUGAUGCGGGAUAAGAGCGGCGGCAAGUUCUCCCUGUUCCGGCGGCCCAUCCACCUGGGCAACUGCGUGGUGUCCUCGGACCCUGACUGCGAGGACACCUUCGAGCUGCUGGAGAUCCCCAAGGAGGCAUUCGUCUUCCGCGACGCCGACCGCCCGCGGACCCGCCACUGGUUCCGGCUGAUCAAACGCUACUCCCAGGACCUGGGCUCCUGGCGCAAGAGACGCAACGCGCUGCCCAACAUCAUGAUCAACGCCACCUACAGCCGGUCCUGAGUCCACAACCGGUGGGGGGUCUCCCCCCUCACCACCCACCACCAACAGCAGCAUUGUCCCAUUCACGUCCAUCCCAUUGCGGACAUUGGCCUUGGUCUAUGAUUUGUAGGUUAAUUGACUUCGGUAAAAUCCCUGGGAUGGUGGGACUGUCAUACGUUGAUAGAAUGGAGCAGUGAAUGGAACUCACUGCAGACUGAAAAGGGAGAGGGCAUGAUAGGGGCGGAAGGAGUUUUGUGGGUGAGGUUUUUCUCUGAUGGUUUCUCCUUCCGAACCAUCAGAGGUUCAAUCUUCUGCAUGCGCCAGGAGUCUCCAGGAAUUAAGAUUUAAUCAUCCAGUCUUCCUUGCUGG